UGUUUUGUUAUCAGUUGUUGGGUUCUAAUGGCUGCAUUGAACUGGAUUACUACCUCGAUUACUGCAUCAAAGGACAGCUUCAAGUCCUGCCUGCAGGCCUGCUCUGAGGCUAAACUUGAAUGCAGCAGGUUCUUUUCCUACAAGCCUCGGGAAUUUUCCUUUAGAUCAAAGGGUAAAGAGGUUAUUUUCCUUGCCCCAGUUGAAAAUAUUGGCAACAAUGUUUUCUCUGUGAGUGCUGAUGAUGACACUCUUACUAGGAAGAAGUUGUGUAGUCCUGAAGGCAGGCACGCUUUGACGCGCUCAGAGCAGCUACUGAGAGAGAGAAUGAGGGCCUCUGGUUCUGGCAUAACUGAUUACAAAUACAUCCCAGAUAUUGACUCCAUAUUGGUCAACACUGGGACUGCCUGCAGUCUCUUCUCUUGUCAGGAUGACAAGCAGGUUAAGAGUUUCCCAUCACUUGCUGGUGCUUUGGAUUACAAGUUAUGUCCAGGGAAUAGCGAUAUACUGGCAUGUUCAUACGAAGGGGACUUAUGGUUACUGACCACGUACAGCAACGAGCCAAUUCAAAUUACUAAUACUAAAGCAUUGCGUCCUCAGAGGAAAGUAAUGGCUGGGCAGUCUAGUUUCAUCCUUCAGGAAGAGUUUGACAGAUACACUGGUUACUGGUGGGACCCAACCUCUGGCAAAGACUUUGGGAAAUAUAGGAUCCUUUAUGAAGAGGUUGAUGAAACUGAUGUUGAAGUAUUGCACACUUUUAAUCCUAGCAGUCAAGAAAUUGAAGACUAUUCCUAUCCUAGGCCAGGGAAAAAAAAUGCAGUUGCUGUUUUGAAAUGCCUUGAGAUAACAUUGGAUUCUGGAAGUGCAAAAUUUUCUUUUGAGACUCUUGUUUUGGCCAGUAGUAUUUCUGCAUAUCUCUCAAAGUGGGAGUAUUUUACAAGACUUGGUUGGCUUUCCAAUGGGAAAAAUAUUUGGGUCCAAGUGUUGGAUAGGGUCCAGCAUCAUUUGCAGGUUUUACUCAUCUCAGCUGAUUCUUUUGUCAAGGAAGGAGAGGGUAAGACUGUCUUCUCUCCUUUCAUUCUCUGGAAAGAAGAAAAUCCUUAUUACUGGAUCAGUAUCAAGAAUUCAUCUUGUUUCGAGUUUUUCCCAACUGAUGAUGAAUCGGCCAUUAAACUACUGAUAACAUCAGAGAAAGAAGGAUACCCUCAUUUGGUCCAAUUGAAGUGCACUCUGCCAUCACCUCGUGAAGUUACAUCAAUUAAAGCAGAGCCAAUCUUAGUUGAAAAGACAGUGGAACAUGUGACAUGUGGCAACUGGAACGUAAUGGAGAGUGAAGUGUGGCUUGAUGAUAAGGAGAACGUCGUCUUCUUUGAGGGAAACAAAUCAUCAUGCCUUGAAAAACAUUUGUAUGCUGUUGAUAUGACUAAUGGAGCCCUCCCGUGCUCUGAUCCUGUACAACUGACCCCCUCCAAUUAUUAUCACGACAUAUCACUCUCUAUUGAUAAUAAAUUGUUUGUGAGUUGCUAUUCAAACAGGACGACACCACCUGCUGUUGCAGUCUACUCUUACUCUAUCAAGCCUUUCGGGUCACAGCUUCUCUUUCACUUGUCUGACUCCGUUGAAUUGCCACUGGAUUUCAAUCCUCCUAUCAGUUUCACUGCCACUGCUAGUUCAGGUGAGACACUUCACGGAGUUGUCUAUCGUCCCACUAAAUAUCAAGAAGGUAAGAGGUAUCCAACUGUUCUCUACGUCUAUGGAGGGCCUGAAUUUCAAGUUGUUAAAAAUGAUUUCUCACGUUUCCUGAUGAAAGUGAACCAAUGGACGACCUGUGGGUUUUCAGUUGUCAUGAUUGAUAACAGAGGCUCCUCCAACAGGGGAAAGAAAUUUGAAUCCCACAUUCAAUAUCAAAUGGGCUCCGUUGAGAUUGAGGAUCAGGUGGUCGGACUUGCAGCAGCUGUUAAAGCAGCUCCAUGUGUUGAUGCAGAACGUGUUGCAAUAUUGGGAUGGUCUUAUGGUGGAUACAUGGCUCUUCAUGGCAUUGCUAAGAGGCCUGACAUUUUCAAAGUGGCCGUUUCCGGUGCACCAGUGACUGACUACAGGUGGUAUGAUACCGGAUACACUGAGCGAUAUUUAGGAGUACCUCCACUUUCAGACAGGGCUUAUGAAGUCAGUUCUGUUGUUAAUUUGGCAUCAAAAUUCCCAGACAAGCCUGGGAAGGUACUCAUCAUACAUGGAAUGAAUGAUGAGAAUGUGCUGUAUACUCAUACCUCAUUGCUCAUUGAUGCCCUCAUUCGAGCUGGCAAGCCUUAUCAAAUACAAAUGUAUAAUGGGGAGAGGCACGGGAUCAGGAAUCCUACAAGUGCUCUUCACUGUGAUGCAGCCAUCCUUCAAUUUUUGCUGGCUAAUCUUUAGAUGAAGCAUAGGAGAACUAUUAGCCAUUAGUAUUAACCAUUAGCCGUUAUUAUAGUCAUUAUUAUUAGCCCUUAUUAUCAUUAUUAGUGUGUAGUGUCUAGAGGACAUUUUUAAUAUUUUUCUUUUUAGUUAUUAUUUUUUCAAUGUUUACAAUAGAGACAGACUCAA